AUGGUGGGAGAGCAACAUCUUCCGUUUGUCUUCUACGCGAUAUGCAUUGCUGUGCUUCUUGCUCAAGGAAGUCAAGGUACCAUGAAGUAUUUGCUUAUUGAAAUGUUUUACGAAUAUGCCUUUAAAUGCUGAUAUUUGAUGGUCAUUUUCUACGUUAAAAUUCAUGAAAGUUUCAUUUCAAGAAAGACGCAGGAAUCGGGGGUGGGGCGCACAAGGAAAGGGCAAGUUACGGAACUAUGUUCAGGCAUUGCGCUCAAGGCGUUUUGAAAUUAUUAAAAAAAUAUUGCAGCCACCGUGAAUAGCCAAGAGGCAAAGGGAGCUUUCUUUUACUCACUUUCUUCUCUUAUAGCAAUCAGUUUCAAAGCUGAAAAAACCAACGUCACUGUCAAAAGUCCAGGAUUGUUCGCUUGUGAGACAAUCACAUUUGCUGAACCGUUCUCUGGUGGAAAGCAAGUAAAAGUCUUCGCUUCCUUUGGUCACUCGGUUAACAACAAGGCCCGUGGUAAUGGUGCUGCUAUUUGGGUGGAAUCGGCAGAUAGAACUCAAUUCCGCGCUUGUAUCUACGAGUACAGCAACGGCUCAAAUUCAACUGCUGAGAUAAACUGGGUUGCCCUACAAUCUGCUCCCAAAGGAGCACAACUAGGAAUCACUUCCUUGGACUCUUGGACUACCGGAACAGAAUGUAAGAAGAUCGUCUUUCCUCAGGUACGUUCAAUUAUGCCAUGAUUACCUACAAAGUGCCUAUGCGGAAUUAAUCUAAAAAAGGCAGAAACCGGUCAGUCAUGUAAGGUAUAGUUGAAAGAUGUAACUGACGACCGCAAAUGAGAUUCUUCUUAAGGAACUUAACCAGCUGUUCAAUCAAUAGAUUGACGUCACUUAAGUUUCAAGUUCAAUUACCUAUAUACAAUGUACGUGCUAUUAUGCACGGACUUCAUGACUUAACACGAAAUGACGAUAGAAGUCUAAAAGGUGAAUCAUUAGUUUGUUUUCAGGACGAUUAAUUCAAUGAAACAGCGAACUUUGUACUGUGAUCUUUUGUUGCGCGGCUCUCCCUCUUUGUUUUCCUGUAUUUUGUUUGUCUGUGGUUUUGUUUUGUUUGUUUUUGGAAUGCGCAGUAUUAUAACUAAGACAGAUGUCCACUCCAUGAUCCACACUAGCCCACUCACAUUAUCACCUACCCCCACUCCCCGACCACAAACCCUCUCAUUCUUUCAUCCGUAUUUGAUUAAUAAUACACUCUCAUAUAUGCGAGUCGAAAAGCAGUAAAACGUUGGCAUUAGAGGCCAGGCUUACGCUCGCCACCGUAAAUCUAUUUGGAGAAUCUUUCAUGAAAUAUAAUCAUUAAAGACAGUACACAAACUGAAAUUAAAUUAUUUAGGAAAGACAUUAGAAGAUAUAACUUGUAUUUUUGGCCAAAUUUGUGUUGUAAUUUAAAUAACUUUACACAAAGUAAUUAUAUUUUACGAUAGCUGGUACGUACUGUUGGUAAAAUAUUUUUGUCCUUUUCUCACGGCUUCAAUGUGAGUGUCUCCUUCCAAAAGAAGUUUUUUCUGUAUGUGGGUGAAAGUCUGUGUAAUAUUAUGAAUCGUGCGUAUAAAUAAAUCAGAAAGAUUCUUUUUGUUGUUGUUGCAGCUGCUGCUGCUGUAUGUACAGAGAUGAAGCACUGUUUACUAGAUUGCUCCAUUUAACUUAAUUCACGGUCUCUGAUUAUAAUUUUUGGUGUUUACAACGUGAUGAAUGAGUUGUAAAUUUUCUUUGUCUUUUUUUUUUUUUCAGCGUCCUUUAACUCAUUCAUCUUUUUUCUUUUCUUAUUUAAAGCGUUUUGCGACUCCUCCAAUCGUACUUGCGACUCCUAGUCACCGGUUUCCUGAGAGACCUCAAGACGCCAUGGCAGUGUGGGUGGAGGAGUUGACCGAAUACAGUUUUAAAAUCUGUCUUAGGGAAGUGAAAAUUUUCGACGGACUUCACAAAGGCAUUACUAUUGUAAGCAGAGAUAAAAUACUUUUUUAAAGUUCUGUAUCCAAUUGCAUCGACUUUUCUUAGCUACACAUAUAUUGUAUUGUAUACAAAAUUUACCAGAAUACUUACAAAUAAAUAGUCGAACUAACCACACAUUUUUAGUUUUGAAAUAUCAUUCCUCGCAGUUAUUCCUUUAUUAGUGCCUAAACUACAUAAAAAAAGACAAAUAUGUGUAUAAAAUACCUACAGUCAGGUAAGAAAGGUAAGUGAUUCUAUUAGAACCACCUUCAAGACAUUUGGUGAAAAAAGUAAACAAAAACCAAAUUAAAAGAAGCAAAAACUGUCAGUGCAAUCAAAUCUCUGCUACCAUGUGUAAAUGAGUAAAGGUACUCAAAUUAAACCUUACCAUGAGGUUUUAUAAAAUGAUAAUUAUACUUAGGUUAUCAGCUCAGUACUCUUUAUGUUAAAUUAUAAUCAGGUUCCUACUUGAGUAAAACUUCUCAUGAUAGGGACUGGUCCAAUUCCUUGGAUAACUGACUCA